AUGUUAUGGUUCCAAAAUUUCGCUUUCAUUAAGCCAUCCUAUCAGUCAGAAGAAUCGAUAACCGAUGGUGAAAGCGAAUUCUUGAGUGGAGAACACGGCUUGGAAGCCGGUUUUCCUCCAGGCGUCGUCAACGUGCUGCCAGGUUAUGGUGACACCGGUGCCGCUAUUGUCAACCAUCCUGACGUCGAUAAGAUUGCGUUUACAGGCUCAACGGAAGUGGGCAAACUGAUCCAGCGUAGCGCAGCAGACACUGUGAAACGCAUUACGCUCGAGCUGGGCGGUAAGUCGCCCAACAUCAUCUUCUCCGAUGUUGACCUCGAGUACGCCGUCGAGCAGUCGCACAUGGCGCUCUUCUACAAUAUGGGGCAGUGCUGCUGCGCUGGCUCGCGUACUUUCGUGGAGGACAAGAUCUACGACAAGUUUGUAGAGAUGUCAGCGGAGCGCGCGAAGAGACGCGUCGUCGGAGACCCCUUCGACCCUAACACAGAACAAGGACCACAGAUCGACCUUGAGCAACGCACGAAGAUCCUCGACUUGAUCGAGAGUGGCAAGAAGCAAGGCGCGAAACUGGUAACAGGCGGCGGACGUAAAGGAGACGUGGGUUACUUCAUCCAGCCCACUGUGUUCAGCGAUGUUAAAGAUGAUAUGGAUAUUGCCAAGAUUGAGAUUUUCGGCCCGGUGCAGCAAAUCAUAAAAUUCUCCAAAAUGGACGAGCUAUUGCAGCGCGCCAACAACUCUGAGUACGGCCUCGCCGCUGCCGUCUUCACCAAGGAUCUAGACCGUGCUAACUAUCUCAUACAGGGUCUACGUGCAGGCACAGUUUGGGUGAAUGACUACAAUGUGUUCGGAAACCAAGUGCCAUUUGGAGGUUUCAAGCAAUCAGGCAUCGGGCGCGAGAACGGUCCGUACGGUAUUAAGAACUACACUGAAAUUAAGGCUGUUAUCGUUAAACUUACCGAGAAGAACUCGUAGAUGCGUAUCAUUCCGUAUACUGGAACGGAGGAAACUACAUACAAAACUUAGGUCUGGUGAAUCAUGUACUAAAUGAAAAUAUGUGGUGCUAAGAAAAUAAAUUUGGUUUUUAAAACUAGUGAAAAUUCAUUACAUUGUCUUCCAAAUUCUAAGCUUAAUGUGAAUGUAGUUUAUAAGGAAAACUAUGAACUCUGAGAAGCAUUUUUUGUUCUUUUUACAUAUCGUGAACUUCGGGUGCCAUAAUUUCUGCUAUACUACGUAAAAUUUAACUUUAUUAGAAUGACACAUAUCGAACUUUAUGUACCAUUUAUGGACACGAUCAGUGAUAUUGAGAAUCGACAGUCAGGUGGUCCAAGGGCAAAAAGUGGAUGUUAAAUAUUUAUAUUGACUUGAUGACAUAUUUGAAUUGUUACUUGUAAGGGUCCGCCCACGUGGCACCACUUUUUCUUAAUUUUCAGUUAAUUUCUGUAAUAUUACCGAGCACACCUCAUUGAAUAAAAAAAACACCAAAAGCUAGUUUUCUAGUUCCGCUUCCAACUGUGAUAGGUGCUCAUCAAGCCUUAGGUCCGCCCGUUAAACGUUGCCAAGGCCAGUUGUUUGAGGUAGUACCGUUAUUCCUAGCACCCCCUGCCCCGUCGUUGCUAUGGCCGCUACUGCUACUAAAUUGGCCGAAAAUAACAUAAAGUUGCUCAAAACACGAACACACCGCCAAACCACGUCUCGACUGGAUGUGUUGAUACUCAUAUUUUCAAUGUCCCUACACGAACUUUAAGUACUCAAAAUAAACGUUAAUAAUAUUUCUUACUGAAUUUACUCCAAUAGUGAUGUACUCACGAUUUAUGAAGCGACCUGUCAUUCUUAUCAAGUUAAAUUUUACGGAAUACAAUAUUUUUUUAUGUUGCUUGUUAACCUUAGUUUUCAUUCGGUUUCACUAUCAGGAGGUGCUGUUCAAUUAUAUAUUUU